AUGGCGACAAAUUCGUUUUCCGCACACGGGAAGGAAAUGCAGCAAGCGAUUCUGCAAAUGGCUCAACUGCUCCAACGAUUGGCCACGCCGACGCCGAUCAGCCAGGAGAAAGUGCUAGAGUCCCUCUCCACGAACAUCAACGAGUUUGUGUACGACCCCGAAAACGGCAUCACCUUCGAAAAGUGGUUUGCACGUUAUUCGGACCUUUUCGACAACGACGCCCGGAAUCUCGACGACGCGGCCAAGGUACGUCUUCUACUGCGGAAGCUGGAUCACGCUUCACACAGCCGCUACGUGAACUACAUCCUGCCCAGGCUUCCGAAAGACAUCGAUUUCGACGAAACGGUUUCCACACUGAAGAAAAUUUUCGGCACACCGACAUCCGUUUUUAACAAGCGCUUCCAGUGCCUGCAGCUGGUGAAAAACGAGGCCGACGACAUCAUCAGCUACGGUGGAAAGGUAAAUCGUGCUUGCGAGGAGUUCGAGUUCGAAAAAGUGAACAUCGAUCACUUCAAGUGCUUGGUUUUCGUGUGUGGUCUCAAGGCACCACGCUACGCCGAUAUCCGAGCACGACUUCUUUCCCGCAUGGAGGGCGAGACGGCUGAUGCACCAGUGACUCUCCAGACGCUCAUCGACGAGUUCCAACGACUGGUCAAUCUCAAGGCGGACACGACGCUCAACGAAAAACCAUCAGGUUCGAAGCAAGCCGUCCACGCGGUCUCGGAGAAAAAGGAGCACCAGUCCCAACGUCCACCGAAGCCGAAAGGUAAGCCACUUCCAUCCACACCAUGCUGGCAAUGCGGUCAGGUCCACUACGUCCGUGACUGCCCGUUUUCCGACCAUCGCUGCAAGACAUGUGAUCGCGUCGGUCACAAGGAAGGUUACUGCGGCUGCAUCAAGAAAUCGCCCGGCGGUGAUUCCAGCCCAGCUCAUCCGACCGCGAAGAAGCCUGCAAAGAAGAAGCAAAAACAUUACGGCGGUUCCAGUUCUCAAACCCGAGGAGUCUCCGUGGUGAACAACAUCGCAAACCGUUUCAGGAAGCGAAGAUUCGUGACGACAACCAUCAACGACGUCACCACGUCGCUGCAACUGGACUCCGCAAGCGACAUAACGGUGAUCUGCGAGCAAACCUGGCAUCAGCUGGGUAAACCGGAAACGACACCUGCGUCGAUCGAUGCAGUCAACGCAUCCGGUGAGCCACUGGGGCUCAUUGGCGAGUUCCAAUGUGACGUCACGCUCAACGGAACAGCGAAACGUGGCAAAUGCUUUGUCACGUCGUCCCCUAACCUCAACGUUUUCGGCAUCGACUGGAUCGAUAUGUUCGACUUGUGGUCGUUGCCAUUCGAUUUGAUCUGCAACAGCAUCGCUUCGACCACCAAGCCAGCUUUCGACGAUGAAGUCCAGAAGCUCCGGAGCGACCAUCCGGACGUGUUCGACGACUCGCUGGGGCACUGCACCAAUAUGAAGCGCCCGGUUCCAUUCAACACCACACCAUUGGUGGACGCCGAGCUCAACCGUCUCGAGUCGAUGGGAAUCAUCUCUCCUGUCGAUUUUUCGGAGUGGGCUGCUCCGAUCGUUGCCGUCCGUAAGCCCAAUGGACGUGUUCGCAUCUGUGCGGACUACUCGACUGGACUGAACGAUGUGUUGGAAGCGAACAACUAUCCUCUGCCGACGCCGGAGGAGAUUUUCGCCCAGUUGGCCGGAAGUCGCGUGUUUAGCAUUAUCGACUUGUCUGACGCCUACCUACAAGUCGAGGUGGACGACGAUUCGAAGAAGCUCCUAACCAUCAACACGCACAAGGGGCUGUUCCAAUUCAACCGCCUCGCUCCAGGGGUGAAAUCCGCACCAGGGGCAUUCCAGCGGUUGGUCGGCGGCAUGACUGCCGACAUUCCAGGCGUGCGCUCCUUCAUCGACGACGCCAUAGUUUUUGGUGCUACCUGGGAGGAACACGCUAAGUCCCUCAACAAGCUGCUGACUCGGCUGGCGCAGUACGGGUUCCACGUCAAGGCGGAAAAGUGCAAGUUUUUUCAGACUGAACUCGGUUAUCUGGGUCACAUUGUGGAUCGUCAUGGCAUCCGCCCAGAUACAGAGAAGCUGCAAGCCAUCGCCAACAUCCCAGCACCAACCAACGUGACCGAAUUGCGCUCGUUUCUCGGGGCCGUCAACUACUACGGUAGGUUUGUACGCAACAUCCACGAGCUACGUCACCCGCUGGACCAGCUGCUGAAGAAAGAUGUCAAGUGGCAGUGGAACGACCGAUGCCAGCAAUCGUUCGAAAAGUUCAAAGCGGUUCUGCAGUCCGAGCUGCUGCUGACACACUACGACCCAACGCUGCCUAUCAUCGUUGCAGCUGACGCCUGCAACACCGGCAUUGGUGCGGUGAUACUGCACAAAUUUCCGGACGCCAGAAUGAAGGCAGCUCAGCACGCUUCUCGUUCGCUCACACCAGCCAAGCAAGGUUAUGGUCAACCGGAGAAGGAAGCAUUGGCUCUCGUGUACGCGGUGACCAAGUUCCACAAAUAUCUGCUGGGACGCCACUUCACCCUGCAGACAGACCACAAGCCGGUACUCGCAAUUUUCGGCUCGAAGAAGGGCAUACCGUUGCACACUGCCAACCGACUGCAACGGUGGGCGCUGAUUAUGCUGAACUACGACUUCGACAUCCAGCACAUUUCCACCAACGAUUUCGGUUGCGCCGACAUGCUAUCCCGGCUCAUCGAUCGGACCGCCUGUCCGGAAGAGGAAUACGUCGUGGCAGCAAUCAACCUGGAAGAAGACAUGGUGAGUAUAGUUAACGACUCGCUAGACAAACUUCCAGUAUCAUUCACAGCGCUACAACAUGCGACAAAGGAGAACAGGGUUCUGCAAUCGGUGGCGAGUUUCAUCGAGAAAGGCUGGCCAGGCGACUCGAAGCCAGUGAACGAUCCGGAUCUCUUGCCGUACUACAAUCGGCGGGACUCGCUCAGCAUCGUCAAUGGCUGCGUGAUGCUACACGACCGUGUGGUGGUUCCUGACCAAUUCCGUAAGAAAAUCCUGAAGCAGUUCCACCGAGGCCACCCAGGAGUGGUUCGCAUGAAGGCAAUCGCUCGCAGUUUCGUGUACUGGCCCGGCAUCGACGACGAAAUCGAGGAGUUCGUCCGCAACUGCAAUCCCUGCUGCGUAGCUGGCAAAGCGCCGGUCAAAACAACCCUCGAAUCCUGGCCUGCACCGUCGAAACCAUGGUCCAGAAUACACAUCGACUACGCCGGACCUGUCGAUGGCGUGUAUUUCUUGGUCGUGGUGGAUCCAUUCUCCAAGUGGCCAGAGGUUUUCGCUACCAGGACAACAACAGCGAAUACCACUAUGCGUUUGCUCUCCGAAUCCUUCGCUACUUUUGGCAUACCGGAAACCAUCGUUUCGGACAACGGUCCCCAGUUCGCCGGACACGAAUUCCGGACAUUCUGCCAAAGCCUAGGAAUACAACACCUUCGGACAGCACCGUACCAUCCGCAAUCCAACGGGUUGGCGGAACGAUUCGUUGACACGGUCAAACGGAGCCUUCGCAAAAUCCGUUCGGGGGGAGAAUCACUGGACAGCGCACUUCAAACGUUUCUGCAAGUGUACCGUACCACUCCGACCAGCGACCUCGACGGAAAAUCCCCGGCAGAAAUCAUGUUCGGUAGGCCAAUCCGGACAAUUUCCUCACUCUUACUCCCGCAGACUGAAUGCUACAGUCCAUCGUCAAGCAAACCUGAAAAGCAAAACGAAAAGUUCAAUAAGAAGCACGGUGCAAUGCAAUUGCGAGGAUUUUCGAACCUGGUGACUCAGUCUACGCUCAGGUUCACCAAGCAAACGCCUGGCAAUGGGAAGCAGCCACCAUCAUCGAGCGCAUCGGGAAGAAGCGUGCGGCUGAUCCAGUCCGUACGGUCGAUUCCACACCGCUCUCCGUCUUCGUGGAUGAGUUCAGACUAUCCUGUCCGACACCGGUUCGUCAUCCAAAUCCAAGCCCACGCCCGGGUAAUCCAGCAGCUCCCGCCACGCCCGAACCAGAUUCUGGCGACGCCGAAUACUUUUCUGAGUCCGGUUCCGAAGAAGCUGCAGCACCACCACCGAAUGUAA